ACUGUUAGUGGUGGGCCUGGAUCAAUAGCGGUAAAAGAAGAUAUGAUCUCCAGCCAGCCUUUGUAUCCUAAUACUGCCGAAUCCACGCACACAUUGUCAACUUCAAGCAUCAAAAAAAUCGACGCAAUUGUUUACAUGAAGAUCAGAAAAACAAAAGUCGAGUUGUCAAAUAAUGAAUGGAAGAAGCCUUUGACCAGUACAGCGACAGCCUCUGGUCAAACCUUUCCAUUCUUAAUUCACACCAACAAAAAUACCGAAUUAAGAAUAGAAAGCAUCUUGGCCAUGGAUGUCAUUGGUAAGUGUUUCUGUAUGCGGUACUUUAAUCCGAGUUCUAAUACUAUUGGAUAGGCUAUACUGGCUAUAUAGCGAAGACUUCCCUGGUACCCGUAAGCCCUUAUCUUAUGAUAGGGCUGAAAAUCGGGUGGGCCGUCGUUGGUGAUCCGCUAAGGAUCGAUGAUAU